CCACGUCAUCAUGCGGACCCACGAGACCCGCACGGAGGGCGUGCUCGACUGCACAGGCGCGCUCACCGUCCUCGCUACAAAGCUCUCCGCUGUCGCGUAUAACUACCAGGACGGGCUCACGCUGCUCAAGGAGAAGGACGAAGGCGUGCAAGCUAAGGACGAGAAGGAGAGGAAGGAAUUAACGGAGGAGCAGAGGCGGCGGGAGGAGCGGAUGGAGCGUUCGCGAUUGGAGCGGCGAAACGCGGCGCUGGUUACCAUGCCGUCGGUGCUGGAGCUGAUGGGGUACCUGUUCUGCUUCGGGCUGCACAUAACAGGCCCGUUCUUGGAGUUCAAGGUGUACAAUGACUGGACGCGACGACAAGGGAUCUGGUCGCCGGGUUUCAAGCAGGCACCCAUCCUGCCGCCCUUCUGCCGCGCGUUCAUCCAGGGCGUCCUUGCAGCGGCCGUCUUCCUGCUUGUGUCCCCCUCGCUUGACCUCACGCGCAUCAGCGACCUGCGCAAGAACCGCUCCUUCCCCUUCCACCUGCGCUGGCUCUACGCGCACCACGCCGGCGUGGUGUGGCGCUUCCGAGCGUACAUCCUCUGGAGCAUCACCGAGGCUGCCAUGAUCGUUGGUCGCCUGGGGUUCAGCGGCUGGGAGGCCCCCAAUGGGGAGACUGGAAAGGGCGGGGACGUGAAGGGAAACGGGGGGGAAUCGGAAGGGGGGAAGGGGAAUGGGAAGGGUGGCGGGGAUGGGGAUGUAGGGAAGCAUGAGGGCGAUAAGACCCGUGCGGCGCCUGCAGGGGAGGGAAAGGCGCUGUGGAACCGGGCUCGCAACGCGGACAUGCUGGGGGUUGAGUUUCCCAAGAGCUGCCUCGACUUCGCCACCACGUGGAACAUUUCCUACGGUCUCUGGCUCAGGCUCUACGUGUACGAGCGCAUGGUGCCGCCCGGCAGGAGGCCCACCUUCGUCCACAUGCUCGCCACCAUGCUCGUCAGCGCCGUCUCCCAUGGCUUGAAUUGGGGUGACUUCAUCUUUUUUGCCAAUUGGGCGCUUGCUGUUGCCAGCUCUAAAGCCAUCUACCAGCUCACUGCUGGAAUCGCCAAGGGCACCAACACCCACCGCAUUGUAACGCUUCUUCAUACCCUCUAUAGCAUCUUUGUCUGCAGCUACUUGGCCAGUGCCUUCUGCUAA